CUUCUUUCCCGGAACUAAAGCCCAGCAACCUGAAUUUUAACAGUGAUUCCCACGCACAUCGGCCAGUUGGAGACCUCGGCCCUGCACCUUCAGACCCCGCCUCUUCCGGAAAGGCCACGCACGGGGUCGGGCGCCCCCUCGUGGCUGCCAGGGGAAGUGGCCUGGGGCUCGACUGGUCUAGGGCUUCGAGUGGAAACCCCGCGUACCCAGUCAAUGAGUGACCAGUGUGGGCCGCGCCGUGAACCCGGAGCAAGGGGCUUUUGGUCCGACGGUGAAAGUCGCCUGAGCCCGAGGUCCAGGUGUCGGAAGGCCACCCACGCCUCGAAUCCAGAGCACAGCUCGGGAUGUGAGGCCCCGCCCACCCUGAGCGCGUCACUCUCGCGCGCGCGCCCGCUACUGGCUUGCGCAACCACCAUAUCUACCCUUUAGCCGAGUGAAGUGGCUUGUUAGUAGAAGUCCGUGUGCACGGAAGAAAAGGUACUUCAGUGUGUAUUUUCUAAAAACAAGGACAUUCUCCUACAUUCAAAAUCAGGGCUCCUAUCUGGUAUCGCAGGAUGCAUUCGACUGUCUUUUAUCUUUGGCCUCCUUCAGUCUGGAGCAGCUACCCAGUGUUCCUUGACUCUGAUGACUGACAUUUUUCAAGAUUCCUGGCCGGUUGUUUGUAGAUUUGGCUUUGGGGUUGUCUAAGAUAUCUUAGCUGCUAGACUCCUAUGGACAGAGUUGGUGCUGACCACAUUCAGAGGCUGGGCGUGUGUCUUGGGUGACUGAGGAGGACCAGCGACCAGCCACACCAGCCUCCAGACACACUCCCAGGCCUAGCUAGGCCAGACCUUUUCUGUGGUUGCCUCCCCUCUGGGGUUUUGCACUCAUCUCACUGAGGUCUCUGGCUUUCCUGUAGCAUCCAUCCCAGAGCCAUGGUCCAUGCCUUCCUCAUCCACACCUUGCGGGCCACGAAGGCUGAGGAGGGCCUUUGCCGAGUGCUUUACUCCUGCUUCUUUGGUACAGAGAAUUCACCCAAUGACGCACAGCCACAUGGUGCUGAGAGGGACAGGCUUCUCCGAAAGGAGCAGAUUUUGGCCGUGGCCAGGCAGGUGGAGUCCAUGUGCCAGCUGCAGCUGCAGGCAUGCGGCCGGCCUGCUGUGGACCUGCAGCCCCAGUCCUCAGAUGACCCAGUGCACCUGCGUGAGUCCCCAUGUGGGGCCUUCCGCCUGACGGCAGGGGACCCUUUCCAGGAGCCUCGGACAGUGGUGUGGCUAGGUGUGCUCUCAUUAGGCUUCGCCCUGGUGCUGAAUGCCCACGAGAACCUGCUGCUGGCAGAGGGCACGCUUCGACUGCUGGCCCGCCUUCUCCUUGAGCACCUCCGGCUGCUGGUCCCCACUGCCAGCCUCCUGCUGCGGGCUGACUACAUCGAGGGCAUCCUCACCCGCUUCCUGCCCCAUGGUCAGCUGCUCUUCCUCAAUGACCAGUUUGUCCAGGGUCUGGAGAAAGAAUUCAGUGCUGCCUGGCCCCGCUGACCCCUCAAUGGGAUGGGACUCCCUAAGAGGGCAAGGAGGGAGGAUGGGGAUAGACGGAUAUACAGCCAGGUAAAAUUUGGCAUCUGCCUCCUUCCCAGCCUCCUCCCAGCUCUGGUGUGCUGCCACACCCAGGACAAAUGGUUGGGACAAGCUGGCAGAAAAGGGGGCCGGGGAGAGGGUAGAGAGGAGGAAUCACAGAGCUUCCUAUGCCUAGAGUGACCUCGUGACUUAUUCAGACUGCUGCAGCGGGCCAGCCCCACUUGUCCUUGACCCCACUUUCUCCCAUCCCUGCCAGCCAGCCCCAAACAGUCCACCAGCCACUAGUGCUGGGGCAGUAAGGAACGGCCGCUUGGAACUCAGCCCACUUUCUUCCAAACCCAUAGUCAUCGCAGUGCAAAAGCAGUCUCUGAGAUUUCGAGGGUCAGGGAGCUGGCUUCUGCCUUUGCACCUACUUAGGCGCCAUCAUCAAGGAUUUUGUUAGCGAGGGCCUGCUCAGUGUCCAGCCCCACCACAGUUCACAAAGGUGUGAGUUGUUCAGCAGAGAGGCUCCAUAGCUCCUUUUGGCCCCAGCCCAUGCCCACUGGCAGCCAUGAGAUAAUCAUGGGCUUACUUUGUCUGCAGGGAGAGAGGGUGGUGGUGGGUGAGAGAGGUCUGAUGUUGUCCUUCUCAGUUUGAAUUAAAAGCACUGAGUGUGUGAUUUCAUCCUC